GGCCUGCUCCUGAUGAAAGACCUGCUCCUGACGAAAGGCCUGCUCCUGAUGAAAGGCCUGCUCCUGUAAGGCCUGCUCCUGUAAGGCCUGCUAGAUCCCAAGCUGGCACUCCUCACCUGGCAUCCCCCUCCAGCCGGUCAGAACACCUUGAGGCAACACAAGAUUUCACACACAACACCAUACUGCUGCUUUUGGACCUGACAAAAACACACCAACAGGUGUACUAUCACUCCAAACCCGGUUUUUACAAAAUUCUACAACGGCAGUUCAGCAAGGAGGGAUACAGUUUCUCCUCAGACAAAAUCCGGAAAAAACUCAACAACCUUUUGACCACCUACAAAAGGGCCAAGGACCGUUGUACCUCAACAGGAGAGGGGAACAUAACGUGGGAAUAUUAUGGGAUAAUGGACAACCUGUUUGGGAGGUGCGGUGUUGGGAGCGCACCUCCAGGCACUCUUGUUUCCACCCCUCUAUUACCCACUGCCUCACAACCAUCCACCACACUGCCGUGUGCCUCUGAGGCCCAGCCUGGUCCCUCCAUGACCCUGCCCACCACACUGCCGUGUGCCUCUGAGGCCCAGCCUGGUCCCUCCAUGACCCUGCCCACCACACUGCCGUGUGCCUCUGAGGGCCAGCCUGGUCCCUCCAUGACCCUGCCCACCACUCAGCCGAGAUCAAUCCGGUCUCGAGUCUCCCAUCCCUCCUUCUACGACCUGUAUGAGGCCCACUCGGAGAGGAGGACCAGUGCACUGGAGACACUGGUGCGGCCAGAACAGGAGCGCCGGAGAAGGCUGAAGGAGAGAAAUAGGAGGAGGUUUGAAGCUAAAAUGUUGACUGCGAUGGGAGAAGUUGCUUCCCAGUUAAAGUUCAUUGGGAGCCAACAAGAGCGCAUCAUUGAGCUUUUGCAGGACAAGCCCAAUAUGCCAUAA